AUGUCCACGCCUACGGGGCAGUUUUCCGCUCUUUCGAUUCAAGGAUCUUCAGAAAUAGAGCCGAAGGCUGCAUCGGAUGGUGGAGGUGGGCGAGGGCAAGGGCUAGGACGAGCAGAGUCGUCGAACAUGACGGACAUGGCCGCUGUCAAGGCCUCAUCGGGCCUCUUGUAUGACCUUUGCGGUUCGGGCUUUGAUCAUGAGACGGAGGCUAGGGCGCUCCUUGGCUUAACGACAGCCUAUGAGGUGCUGUUUUGUGAGAGGAAAAGGGCGGGCUACGAGUUUGUUUUUGCAGAGACGGCGCGCGUGCGGAUUCCGCUGUUGGGUUGGGGCAAGACUCAGAUGAACUUUUCGGGUGAAGUGAAUGAUGUCGUUACGAGCGGAUAUGGCAAUGGUGAUGGUUAUACGUGCACCUGCGCCGCUUUCCGGGGAAGAGAUGCUGUCGCUUGUCAGCAUAUCUUUUGGCUUCUGGACCAAGUCCGGGCUCAAUUUCAUUCGCACUCUCCUUCUCCCUAUGCUCCUCCAAAGAUCGUCCUCUCGAGCGACGGGCAUGCGCAGGGUUUCCCGCGCAUUGAGCAGCUCCUUUCCAACCAGUCCAUAACAACCCUAGAAGGCCUCGCAGAGCAUUAUGACUGGCCGUAUGUCUGCUCAGAAGUCGAAGAAGGCGGCAUGAGUCGGACACAGAGGGUACGCGAUAUUUUAUCCGCAUUCAGCACAGAGAUUCUUCCGGAAGAGUUUCGAGUUGAACCCGUCGAGUCUGAUUCUGAGCCAGAAGAUACGGAAUGUAAUUGCUUGUCGCCGAAGAAAAAGAGAUCACCGGAGCAAUGCGUGGUGCAGGGAGAUAUGGAAGCAACCAUCUUCCAGCUCGCCGUACACGACGACAACGUCUUCACGAGUCUCUGUAAAGCUAUGCCGCAGGGGGCCUGUGCGGCGAUUUACUUCGAUAAAAUGCUCGCGAGAUCGAGGAGCAUUCUCUCCGAGUUCGAUACGUAUUGCCAAACACUAGGAGGACCUUAUGAAACUGAAGAUAAAGGCAAAGCGUUGAGUAUGGCUGCAGUCGUCCAUACCCUAAGGUCCAACAUUCUCAAAAUCCACAAAAAUAUCCACGUUCGCGCCCCUCACGGCCUCCAGGGCGCUGCUAAAGCACUCAUAGCCAUCCUCGAAGACAUUUCCACACGCAAUAAAGACGCUUUAGCCGGCAAUCCGUACGGCUGCGUCUCGUUUCUGCCAGCCAACGCCAACUGGUCUGCGCACAGCGAAGACGACGAGGACUCGCGCAACCUAUACCACCAACUUAUUGGAUCUGCGGAUGAGGAGGAGGAGGAAGGUCACUUUGUCCUCGAUGCGUUGGCGGAUUUAUCAGGAGAAGUUCUGUAUCCGUUCCGGGAGAGGUUAAGUGCGGUGUUAGCGAGGGUUGAGGUGAAUCGGGCCCCGAGAGGGUUCAUUAUGAAAUUGGUGGCGAUUGUUCGUGUUGCCGAGGGGGGGACGGAUAUGGGAUUUGGGAUCACUAGGAAACGGAGUGGUGAGAGAGAUGAGAGCGAGAGAAAGAGGGUUAGAUGA